AUGGAGGAGGUGAUGGAGGAGGUGAUGGAGGAGGGGAUGGAGGAGGGGCUGGAGGAGGUGAUGGAGGAGGUGAUGGAGGAGGUGAUGGAGGAUGUGAUGGAGGAGGUGAUGGAGGAGGUGAUGGAGGAAGUGCUGGAGGAAGUGAUGGAGGAGGUGAUGGAGGAGGUGAUGGAGGAGGUGAUGGAGGAGGUGAUGGAGGAAGUGCUGGAGGAGGUGAUGGAGGAGGUGAUGAGGAAGUGA